AUCAAAAUACAAAGUAUGAGUGAAAAUAGAAUCGAAGUAAACCGAAAUUAAUUGCGUCUAAUUUCUUUUAAAUUCUUACGGUUACCUUUAAUUUAAAUUAAAAAAAUUUAUAUGAUUUCUUAAGAAACAAAUUCAUAAUACGCGAUCUCGCUGCAGUGAACCGUUACAUCGUUCGAACUUGGAUGCAUUCAGGUUGUGCUGAUAGCGUUUACUGGACCAUUCUUAAAGGUGCGGAAUGGACUAUGGAAAUGGCUCUCAACCACAACCUGAAAUACUUGCAGCAUUACUACGACAGUUACAAGAACUGCUCAAUUUGCAGAGGAAAUUUCAGCCUAAUUUGAUGUUGCCGACCGAGGAUAAUGGAAGCGAAGUAACGCUCGGAAUUAGAGAUGGAUCCGCUCACAUACUUAGAUGCCUGAAAAUUUGGUACGAAUUACCCUCCGACGUGUUGUUCGCUGCGAUCAACAUUAUGGAUAGAUUUCUUACUAAAAUGAAGGUUCAACCAAAAUACAUCGCUUGUAUUUCCAUCGCUUCGUUUCACAUCGCUUGUAAACUGGUCUGCUCUCCGGAUUUAAUCCCCGAUCCGGCUCAUUUAAUCUCCAUUUCCCAAUGCAAAUGUACGCUUAGCGAUUUAUCACGCAUGACUUCGGUGAUCAUUAGCAAAGUUGAGAUCAACUUCGACGAACGAGACAGUAUCCCCAUAACAUCUCUGACAUUUUUACGCCUGCUUCAUCAAAUGAUGUCGGUUUCCAAAUACAGCGAUGUUUACAAACAAGCGGUCGACGAAUUCCAAAUGUUUCAACGUCUGGAGGUUUUAGCUUGCGAUGGAUCCUGUGUCAACUUCGAAUGCAGUUACAUUGCCUUAGCUUUGCUCUGUUCCCAGAUAGAUAUCGGUGUAGCACGGCUACAGCCUGCACCUUGUGCUCACAUUGACGUUCUAUCUUUACUCGCUUUUGUUCGAGAACUACAACAAUAUUGCCAAAUCGUAGAAAACAAUUUCUAUCGAUGUUUAUCCUCUGUGCUGAAAGUAAUCAGCCAGUAUAAUUCGCAAUCCGGUAUUCCUCAUCGGCAACGUUUAGUAUGGCGACUUUCUCAACGCGCCUUGCGUCAUCUUCGUCCCACUGAUAGACUAAAACCAACAUUGCCCACGAUUAAGGAGCAAAGUCAAUAUAGAAUCGACGAAGAAUGAUUUGUUUAGUUUAAUUCCCACGAAGGUUGAAAAAGUACAAAAAACAUCCACUGUUCAAAAAUGUAUAAAUUUAAGUGUUUCCCCCCGGUGAUUUUAUUUUUAUAACUAUCGUUUUUUUUACCUUUUUUUUCUCUCUUUUCCUCGUGUUUAUUUAGAAAUUAUUCGAACUAAUCGUAAAGGUCAAUCGACACGACUAACAUUGUACGUGUAUUUUUGUUACUUUUUUUCGUUAAAAUACCAGUUUGAAAUGUUUUCUGCCUUUUCAUCCUUUUAAAAUCUACACUCUAAAUCUAGUCGUAAAAAUUACAAAUUUUUCAAUUAUUUUACGAAAUUUUUUUUUUUUUAAAAGUGAUUUCUCGAUACGCGGAUUUUGCGGGUAUCGCUCGCAUCACAAUAUUGAUUUAAUGUUUUUGUUAUCAUUGAAUAUAUUUUUUUUUCAUUAUUAUUGUUCGCGAAUAAUAAUACGUUGAACUUUGUGUUCGUAUUGUUGUAAUGUACGAAUUAAUGACGUGCUGUAAUAUUUAGAAGCUAAGAAUUAUGAUUUGAUGUGUGUGUGUGUGUGUAUAUGUGUUAUUUAUUUUGCGGCAUUUAUUAUACAAACGUCAAAAAUUUAAGAAAAGAACUGGUGGAUAAUUGCGAUCUCAAAUUUUUACGCGUAUGUUUUAGUACUUUUUUUUUGUACGUAUUGUUCAUUUUUCCUUAUUAAUAUUAAUAAUGGCAUUGUUAUUAUAUUAGAUCGUCAGUAUUCUAUAUUAAUAUGUUUUUGUAACUGGUUCUGUUUCCCAAUGCAACAGCUGCUGCAGCGUUGAAAAGAAAUACAAAGCUUUCAAGACCAAA